GCACCGUCCAUGUCGCAGCCUCCCAUAAGGCCUUACUCUCGCACCCAGGCCGCUGGCCUCAUUUGCAUCUGCAAACGUGUAUCGGAAACACCCUUCGACCGUUGCUCAGGCUGCAAACGAGUCUUUUAUUGUUCUACCUCUUGUCAGACAGCGGACUGGCAAAAGCACAAGCGGGAAUGCAGAUUGCUAAAAGCGGUCAACAAGUACGAUGCGACGCGUGGACACACCGCCGUUGAUUUGAGCACUCGCCUUGAGUAUUUCGUUGAAGAGAUGAAUUCUCGUCUCCGUAAAAUUGGCCCAUCUGUUGGCUCCGACUACGACCACCGUCAUCCAGAUAUCAUCAGCUACGGUCAAAAAUGUCAAGUCUGCUUUCGAACCCCAUUCCACGGUCCAGAGGGUGUUUUGACACCAUGCCCGACCUGUCAACUCGCGUGGUGGUGCUCUCCAGAAUGUGGCGCAAUCUUCACCCAAGUUGCACAUACAUCCCAACAUUGCAAAGCGCUCACGUUGGUCCAUGCCGUCGAUUCUGUCAAGACAGCAUAUUUGAAAGCUCGUGGCACGGGACAGCAUCUAAUGCUGAGAACCGAAGUCCCUCAGCGCGUUUACACUCCGCCGUCGUCGUUAACCGGAUGGGAUGACUACAAAAGCGAGCUAUUUCCCGACUUCGACUUCGCUGCCGAAUUCACUUCCCAAGAGUUCAGUCAUAUACACCCCAAGGCUGCCCUAGCGGUCGAGGCAAUGGCUAUCGAUUCGAGCAGCAUCGUUCUCACCCUUUUACACGCUCUUGAAAUUGUGCUUCCGGAUCUUGAAACACGCAGAACGCUUUGCAUACACGUUUUAUGGUCGGGAGAGCGUGAUCUAGAAACUCAGGGCAUGACGGAGGAGCUUCUCCACUUCCUUCCCUUUCUUCAAACGGUCACAGUGGUGUACGUCGGGCUCCAGGUUGUGCCCAUGUUUUGGCGGGGGGAUGAUACGAACCUCGCAUGUGAAGUCUGCACGCGCAACGGUCGCAGUCGUCACUCGCUCCGUCGUACAGCGACAUACCACAAUUUCAUCUCGUCCGAAACAAGCCACCAAAAUCAUCCCGACCUCGUUGCUGGCUUUAAUCCCAGCCGCGGCCAGAUGGAGUCCGAAGAAUGGAGGGCUAGUAUGCAGGCCGUCAUCGACAGCGGGGUGCCUGCAGUCUUUACUGCUUACUCGCUCCCACUCGCCAAUCUGCAUAUCUCUCUUCUUGAGGCUUGCAACCCCUUUUAUCUCCGGGAUGUCGAGAGAAAUAUUUGGCGCGGUAUGGUUCCAAAGCCGAGAGAACAAGAUGAACUUGCUAUGAUAGAGGCCAGUCAUUAUACUAACAACUACUGGUUUAUGAUUCGCGGUGCCGCAGAAGCUUCUUAA